AAUAUUUCUCAUCACUUCAUCACAGAAGAAAUUUUAGCUUUCCAAAUAAAAAAUGGAGUCCCUUCUUUCCACAACCACAACCUCUGUUCCAAACUCACUCGCCCUCAAAUCUUUGCUUCCAUCUCAACCUUCCAUUAUUCCACACUCUUCCAUUCAACUUUCCAACAGAACCAAAACAGUCAGACGUUCGAAUUUCCCAUCAUUCCUCGCUUCUCUUUCGAAACUCCCUAAAGGUAGUGCUAAUAGUAGUAGUAAUAAUAAUACUAAGACCAAUGCUGUUGUUGAUGGCUCGAUUGCGAUCGUUACGGGGGUUCCUGAGGUUUCGUGGAAGGACUUGCAGUACCCAGCAGGGAUGCUCGGGGCCAUUCCCAAACGGCCGGAGGUUAUUGAUGAAAGAAGGCAAAUGGAGUAUUUGACAAAUAUAUUGUCUUCUAAAGUCUAUGAUGUUGCUAUUGAAUCUCCAUUGGAACUUGCUCGCAAGUUGUCGACUCAAUUGGGGAUCCAACUAUGGCUCAAGAGAGAUGAUUCUCAAUUUGUGUUCUCUUUUAAGAUUCGAGGAGCUUAUAACAUGAUGGCCAAUCUUCCCAAAGAAGCAUUAGAAAGAGGAGUUAUUUGUGCUUCAGCUGGAAAUCAUGCACAGGGAGUUGCAUUAGCUGCUGGAAGAUUAAGAACUGAGGCCAUCAUCGUUAUGCCUCGUUCCACUCCUCCAAUUAAGAUAGAGGCAGUUCGGAGUUUAGGUGGAAAUGUUCUUUUACAUGGAGAUACUUUUGAUGACGCACAAGAACAUGCUCGACAACUGAGUAAAGAACGUAACCUUACAAUCAUCCCUCCUUUUGAUAACGAAGAUGUCAUUAUAGGUCAAGGAACAGUUGGAAUGGAAAUUGGACGUCAAAUGAGAGGUCCAUUACAUGCAAUUUUUGUCCCGGUUGGUGGUGGCGGUCUUCUAGCCGGUGUUGCUUCAUUUUACAAGCUAGUUUUUCCUGAGGUAAAGAUUAUUGGGGUGGAGCCAAACGAUGCAAAUUCCAUGGCAUCUGCAUUACAUAAUGAUCAAGUAGUAAAAUUAGAAACAGUUGGAACUUUUGCAGAUGGUGUGGCUGUUAAACAAGUUGGGGAUGAAAAUUUUCGAAUUAGUAGAGAACUCAUUGAUGGUAUUGUUCUUGUUGAUAAAGAUGCCAUAGCCGCUUGCAUAAAGGAUAUGUUUGAGGACACAAGGAGCAUAUUGGAACCAGCAGGGGCACUUUCAAUUGCUGGAGCAAAAGCAUAUUGUGAAUACAAUAAUAUAAAAGGAGUGAAUAUUGUGGCAGUAACAAGUGGUGCAAAUAUGAACUUUGAUCAAUUAGGUAGCAUUGCUGAUAAUGCUGAUUCUGGUAAUCAAACUGAGGCUACUUUUGCAACUAUACUCCCUGAAAAACCCGGAAGCUUAAUAACAUUUUCUGACUUGAUGGGAUCAAGAAGCGUUACCGAAUUUAAAUAUCGAUUCAACUCCGAAAAGAAUGCAAUUGUGCUUUAUAGUGUUGGGGUGAAGGUGGCAUCAGAGCUGGGAGAAGUGAAGAAAAAGAUAGAAUCUUCACCAUUUGAAACUUAUGAUCUCACGAAGAAUGAACUUGUUAAGGAUCACUUGCGUUACAUGAUGGGAGGUAGAUCAAGCGUUCCAAACGAAGUUUUCUAUCGUUUUACCCUCCCAGAAAGAUCGGGAGCUCUAUUACAAUUCCUAGAUGCUUUCAGUCCACGUUGGAACAUUAGCUUAAUUCACUACCGUCGACAGGGUAUAAUUAGUGCAGAUGUAUUAGUUGGGCUUCAGAUUGAAGGAUCAGAAGAGGCUGAAUUCCAUGAAAGUGCUAGAAAGCUUGGAUUUGGUUAUGUUGUUGUUUCUAAUGAUCCAGCUUCAAAGCUUCUAACACAAGUAGUGUAAAACAAUAAAAUAUAUAUCAUCCUUUAUAUGUGGUUUUCCUUUUAAGUUUCAGUUGAUAUAUGUAUGUAAAUUUAUGAUCAAGAGGAAGAGCAAAGUGCGAGAAAUAAUUAGCUCUUUCUGUUUGGUUUUGAUGGUGAAGUUUUAAUUAGUAAAUAAACAUGGAGCCUAUAAUAUGGGUGGAAUAAUAUUAAUAUU